AUGUUUUAGGUUCUAAAAUUCAAAAAACUGGAUUCAUCUCAGCACUUCCAUAUAUUGCAACGACUGUUACAAUGGUGAUUUCAAGUUACCUUGCUGAUUUUUUGCUUUCAAAAAAAUAUUUAACAACAACUCAGGUAGUCAUAAAAAAUAUAUUGCUCUUAAAUUGUGUGUGUAUAUUACAUAUGAAAUCAAGGGGCUAUUAAUCGUAAUGUUGGAUGAUAAUAUGACUAACAAAUGGCAGUUGUCUUUUGUUUUUUUAUUUAUGAUUUUCCGUGUCUGCCGCAUCAUUUGGCAGUCAGAAAUAUUUUGUAGAGAUUAUGAAAAUUUUCCUGAAUCCUGACUGCCCUAUGACUGCCAACAAUUUUGCAGUUUACUACCACUCUCCGUGACACCAUGAUUGCCACAAUCAAUAGCCUAGCGAAUGGAAUGAAAAAAUGUUAUCUUUUUUUGUUUUUUGAUGUAGGUGAGAAAACUUUUAACUUGUGGUGCAUCUUUAUUACAAGCAAUUUUUAUGGCAGCAGCAGGUUACUUUUGCGCAGACCCAACUAUAUUAAUGGUUUGCAUUAUUAUAUCAUAUUCUGCCGGUGGAUUUGCUGUUUCUGGAUUUCUCGUUAAUUGUUUAGAUAUUGCACCUCAACAUGCCAGUGUUUUAAUGGGUAUGGGUAACACAAUCGGAACAAUUUCUGGAGUCAUCAGUCCAAGUCUUACUGGUUAUAUUGUUAAAAGCAAGUCUGCUGAUGAAUGGAAAAUUGUACUUAUGAUUGUAGGAAUUAUCCAUUUAAUGGGAGCAUUGAUUUAUGGAACAUUUGCAUCUGGUGAAAGGCAAAAAUGGGCAAUUGAUCUCAAUAAACAAGAGUCACGUCGUAAAUUUUUACAAACUCAAGAUACAGACGACAAUGCAGAUUGAAUUAUUAAUUUUAAAUAUACUUUUUCAAAUAAAAUUGUUAUAAUAACUGAAUCCAAUUUAUCAACUUCAUUCAACUCAUCUGGCUUAUCAAUUGAAUAUUCAAUAGGAAAUAUGACAUGAAACUGAUUCACAUAAUCUAAUUCAUAUAAUUAUAAUAUUAUGAUAAUAUAAUAAAUGAGAAUAUUGUAG